AUGUUUCUACUCACGGGAUUGACAGAUUUUUGGCUAACAUCAACAUCGGAAAAUUAUGAUAAACUUCGUUUACUAUCGAAUAGUUAUUCAUUCUUAUGGGAAACAGGAUCUCACCCUACUGUGACUAACUUAGGCAAUAAAGCAACAAAUAUUGACUCCACUUUUACAUACGAUAUUAAACAAAAAAAUAGAGCAAAAUACAAUUCUUUUCUUAUUAUGCUGUUGAAUGUAACAAAGCAUAAAAUUAGUAAAACACUGAAUUUGAUACAACAUCAAAAUAAAAUGACGUCAAAAACAAAUCAUUCAUCUAUCAAAGAAAAAGAUUUUUCAUCAAACCACAUUCAUAAUGAACAAAUGGAUAAUGUUAAACAUGUUUAUAAACAAAGGCGAUAUAGGAAAAAUUUUAAUGAAUCUACAAAGUCAUCAAAAUUCAAUCUUGUAGGCGACAAAAAUAAUUUUCAAUCACUGCACUCAUCAACAUCAUCAAACGCAGCAUGUAUUGUUCAAAGGAAGUAUGUCAAAUAUAGUAAAUGGCGAGAUAAAUCAAAACAGAAAUACAUAGUACACAGAGGUAACAAGGAAUACCAGACACCAUCCUCUUCUAUGGGGGAUAUAUUUAAUCUAAUCAGUCAUAUGAAUGAAUACCGUUCGAAAUAUUCACUCCAGAAGACUACAAUUCACGAAGAAUCUUCUCAUGUACACAAACAGUUUUUAUUUGGCCAGAUAGUAGAUGAAGAUCAGUGGGAGUCAUUUCAGUUUCUGAUUACCACCGGAAUUGACGUGAAUUCUAUUCAGAAGAAGAUUAAGACUUUUAGUAUGCAUACAAUAUCAACUGUCGAGAUAUAUCCAUCAGUUAUGGACCUUUUUCUAAGAAAUGUCCCACUGCAACAAUCAUAUUCAUCAUUGUCCAGCAGGAUUUUAUUAAACUAUGAACAGAAAACUACUAAUACACCUUGGAUAUUCCCGAAAAUUCUUGCUAGCCUUCUACAGAGAGGAGCUGAUAUACGAAUCGCUGAUAAUUUUGAUUUACAAACACUAACUGGAGGUAUUCAAUCAGAUACUAUUUCUCAUGUUUGCCAAAACGCUGCCAUACAACUAGACAAUAUUUUCCAUUUUUUAAAUUUACAAAUUAAUGUCGAAAUUGUUGAUAGUGCAGGCAUUUUACGUCAAUUAUUAACUGCUGGAAUGAUUCCUCCGAAAUUGUUUUUUCUUGAGUACACUGAUAAACUGCUAUUGGAUAAUAUGAAGUUAAACCAUCACUUUACUUUUCACAAAAUGAGUAGUAUAUUUCAAGUGACGAAAAAUAUUUUUUACCCGCUACUAAUUUAUGAAUUUGUUAAGUGGAGCUUUUAUGAUAAAUGUUCUUCACAUUGUCUUCCAACUAUUCUACAGUCUUUCACUGUUUUAUUUUUUAAUUUAGUUUACUCUGGUUUAUGUUUAGUACCAAAUAGCGUUGUAGAUAUUUUAGACAUAAAUUCAUUUACUCAAUGCAAUUAUGAUGAUACUGAAUCACUGAAUAUACUUGAACCUGAUAGAUUCCUGUGCAAUUUUUGUUAUUUUCAUGAUAAAUUCUUACAGUUAGUCAACAGACGACCAUUCAGUUUGCUUAUACAAUGCAGAUAUGUUGUUAGAUGUCAGUUGGGAACACAAUAUUUUCAUGAGAAGCUAACGAAUACCAAUUUUGUUGAUCACACUAACGAGUCAUCUGUGUUGAUGGAUACAUCAACAAAAAAAUUCCAUGAACAGUUACUUAGAUUGCCGGAUCAAUUAAAGCGUGAUAUUGGAUAUAUAGAGGCUAAAAAUUUAAAAGAUGAAUUAUGUUUCUUAACAGAAAUAUGA